AUGUCGACUUUCUAUUACGGUGGUCAUCAGCACCAUCAAGCUCAAGCACUUCAUCCCAUGUCGCAGUCUCACAACCACUCUGGCCGCUCUCGAAGAGCCCCUCGCUUACCUGCGGCUCACAACUCCCACCGACAAUUCCGCGCCCCAAAGAUCGUAAAAGAAUCUGUUGUUCCAGAAGUCCCCAGUCUGGCAACAUAUAGAGCGAGGUUUGAGGCGGGACGGUCCUUUGACCUCGACGACGACUUGGAGUUCUGCCCGAACCUCCUGUCCUUCGAUGAGCGACAGUCCGUCACAUCAGGAUCCUCCGACCGUUCCUCGUUGUCAAGCGGCUCGCCUGAAUCCUCUCCCAUGCAAUCUCAAAUCCAACCUCAACAGAUCACCCCUUCGCUCUCGAUCUCUUCCGCCGCAACCUCUGCAUACAUGUCACCUUCCACUUUCGCAAACAACAAUAACAACCACCUCAAAAUUCAUCAACCCUCGGCGCUCCGUAACCGCAACAACGCCAUUCCCAUCGUCAACCCCUCUACUGGCACUCGCAUUGCAAGUCCUCCAUCAUCCAUCUCUCCAGGCAUGAUGCAGCAGACGACUUCUGCUCGCCGGUGGUAA